AUGAAGUCACCAAUCUAUCUGCUUACUACGCUCCUUCCUCUUGUCGCGCAGCUUACCGGAGCAACCCCUACAGCGGAUCAUGCCGAUUAUGACUCCCUUGAGGAGAGAGCCGAAGGCUUCUCCAUUGGAGACAAACAAGCCAAACAAGGUCCCUGCACAAUUGAAAGGCCAUUUCAGUAUUAUAAGUAUCCGUGCGACUCGAGUGAUAGGGUUGGCGGAGCCCGUCGUGGUGAGCAAUGGCAGUCCUCUUGCAAGUACAAAAAUUGGUACAAGACCAAAAACGGGUGGUGGGCUAAGCAAGAAAAUAAGCCUCGAAACUGUCGCGUGUCAGAGACUCUGGAGAUUCGCAAUUUGAAUAGCCUUCCUGGAGCCAUUGGCAUUUAA